UUCUCCAGACAAGAUGGGAUUUCUCACUAUUUUAAAGAAGAUGAAACAAAAAGAAAAGGAGAUGCGAAUACUUCUAUUAGGUCUGGACAAUGCCGGAAAAACUACCAUUCUAAAACGGUUCAACGGUGAACCUAUCGAUCAAAUAUCGCCCACGCUUGGGUUCAACAUCAAAACGCUACACUACAAUGAUUACGUGCUAAACAUGUGGGACGUCGGAGGACAGAAAUCGCUGCGAUCGUAUUGGCGCAAUUAUUUUGAGUGUACCGAUGGGCUGAUAUGGGUCGUUGAUAGCACAGACCGAAUGCGCAUGGAAUCAUGUCGCGAGGAAUUGAAGCUGUUGCUGCUGGAAGAACGACUGGCCGGUGCGACAUUGCUCGUGCUGGCCAAUAAGCAAGACCUACCCGGUGCAUUGACGGCCAACGAAAUCAAGGACAUUCUACUGCUGGAUAAAAUAGAAACGCAUCACUGGUCCAUACAAAGCGUUAGUGCCGUCACGGGAGGCAAACUGGUAGAGGCGAUCGACUGGCUGGUGGAGGAUAUUUCUAAACGAAUCUUUACUCUGGAUUAGCACUACUAAAAUAACGAAACGAUUGACAUACUCCAUAUCACUAUAUUUAUUUUCCAUUCCAAUGUAAAUUCAAUUGCAACGUGAUGCGCUGUUCCAGAUGCGAUGUUUUGUUUUUGAGUUCAUUUUGUCACUGGUACUUAAUGGCGUCAAAUGUGCUGUAUCAACGA